AUGAGUCGAAGGGAAGCAAAGAAGAGGCGCUUCGCAGAACCGGAUCUCCCCGACAUCUUCACCUCUUCUUCAUCAGCACACAUCUUCGCCCCCUCUUCCACCAACCGUUCUUCCUCCUUACCGGACGAGCUAUAUCCGACUUCGUACGAGAUCACCCUCAAUCACGACGCUGUUCUCAAGCGAACGCUUCAAGUUGCACCUGAUGGGUCUUCCGACAAUCGUGGGGCAAGACUCGUGACGUGGACGAGCAGCUGCGGCAAACAGACCGUCACCACCGAUCGAUACGAUGCCGUCCACUUGCUCUCCGAACUACCACCAAAACCUCCGCACACGGGCUCAACAGUACUUCCGAUGGAGGACGUCGGGUGGUCAGAUCUCGACAGUGAUACCGAAGACAUGUUCUACAUGACGGAUGUCGAAGCGGACCAGUUCAAGCAUGACAAAGCAAGAUCGGCGUUGGAAGCCCAACGUGCGACACGCCUGGCAAACCUGUCUUCCGUAUCACCUUCACCACCCUUACAUCACGAAGCUACCAUCGAGGAAGAACUGAAGCUGAGUCGAAGUCAAUUCGAGCUGAUGCAAAAGACAGCCAGAAUCGUCGCUUCGUCCAGCAACGCCUCGCAGCUCGAGCUGAAGAUCCUCACCAACCACGCUAGCGACGAACGCUUCUCCUUCCUCCACAAAACCCGCAAUCUCCACUGGAACGCCAUAUGGGAACAGCUAAAGACCACCAAAGGCGAGAUGACUUACGAAUCUGCCUGCCGCAUCUCGCAGAAAGUCCCCGCAAACUUCAUCACCGGUGCACCUCUCGUCACCUACGACGACACCGAUAGCGACACCGAAUCCACCAACCAACAAACCUCUCCAACCGAUCAUCCAAACGAUAGCACCACAACCACUGCCACCGCCGAUACACUCGCAGUCAAAAAGCAAAAACAAGCAGAACGACUCGCACGCGCCAAACUCUGGCUCCAAAAUCGUCAACCCAAUCCCCCAUCCCCUUCUUCAUGA